UCUCAAUUUAACGUGUUUUCAGGGUCAAAAUAACGCUAAACCGUGACAAUAAAUCCUGUCGACAAUCUACUCUUACAGGUCGGGACCUGGCGCCAGGAAUUUUGCACGACGAUGGCCGACGAGGUGUUGGUGGAACUGCCAGUGCAGAAUGGGAACGGCGUGGAAGGCAGGCACGUGGCCCUUGAUACAUGGGUGCGGGUGAAGACGUUCGACGACACCCCUGUGAUCGAAGGCAGCGUGUAUACGUUGGACCCAGUCUCUGGCUUCUUGGUCGUCAAGGGUGUGGACUCGACGCACUUGGUGCACAUCGCAGCGGUCCAGAGCGUCGAGAUCGUUGCGAAAGACGACGAGUCUUGGGAGUCGUCGCAUUCGUCGCUCAAUGGUCGAUCAUCCGUCCCGACAUCGUCUGUGAGUGAGGGCAAGCUACGCAAACUGGAGCUGCAGAACCGAGAACUGGCCGAAAAGGCCCUCGCUUCGAUCGGCAAGGACGUCACCCCCCUCGGACAGUCCAUCUUUGACGUGCUGAGCAAGACGAUGCCGUGCCAUUGGGAAGGUCAACACAUCCGCGUGAUGGACGUUCUCAUUCGUCCGCCGUACGACAGCCGGAGUUGUGCGUCGUCGGACCAAGUGAUGCUGGAUCGCAUCAAGAAGAUUUUGGACGCUUUGCAUCGUAAGCUGGCCAAGCAAUAAUAGAUUUACACAGGGUGGUGCCGUCGUGUGUGCUCGUUCUUCUAUCGAGGUGUUGAGAAACAACAUGG